CCGAUAAUGUUUGCUUAAAAAAAGUAAUGACUGAUACGUGUAUUAGGGUAAAAUAAAUACAUGUUCAUAUUAGCAUAUCUGUAAAUUUGGUUCCCAUUCUAAUAACCAAAAAGCACUGAUGAUUAUAUAUAGGAAAAACACAACAAAACAACCCUAAUUAAUAACUCAAGUUAAUUUGAUAGCAUGAUCAAAGUGAUUUUAGGGUGGUGGGGAGAACUGAAGGAUGUUGCUGGCAAUCCCACAGGAGAGCAGCGAAAUAAAAGGAUCCUUCUAAUGACACCACAAAAAUCCAACCAAAGAAACAAAAAUCAAAAAGAGCCAGCAAUCUCUCUCUCUCUCUCUCUCUCUCUCUGCUUUUGUUUUUGUUUUUGUCUUUGCAAUAUCUCUCAGGUUGAUUGUUCCCCAUCUUCCUCGAAUUCCAUAUGAUUGACGAUAAUAGGAAGAUAGGAAUAAUAAGCAAAGUGUUGAUUGUGUAGGUGUUUCCCCCCACACCCGUUAUUGGGAAUAGGGGGGGUAGGGACAAAAAACCAUUUCAUGCUCUUCUUCCCACCCGACUAUCCCCCCACAUGCCUCCUAACCACCACCCAUGCUUUACAUUUUUACCCCUCCACCGCACGUCCCCGCGCCGUCGCCACAACCCUCGCCCCCACUCCCCCCUCCUCUCCGGCCCUCAUCUCUCCAAGUAAUUCUCUCUUAUUUACUUAUUAAUUAACCUAAUACCUUUUCAUAUACAUACAUAUAUACACAAUACAAGAAAACAAAUUAAUUCAAGGGGAAGGGAAGGGAGGAAAAUUAAUAUUAUUACUUUAUUAGGGAUUGAGAGAGAUUCGAUACAUACAGAAGAAACCAAAUUGAUUGGUUGAUAUGUUAAUGCCAACAUCAAGACCGGUGAAUUCUGCAUUCGAAGUAGCCACGGUGACGCUCAUAUCGACGCUGAUAUUUCUGUCGGUGGUGUCGCUGUUUCUGAUAUUCCACCUUCAAUUCAAGUCAAAAUCCCUAAAGCAUCUCAAGAACUUCAACUCCCUUUGGGCGGUUAGAUUCCUCCUCGUCUUCCUCAUCUCCCUCUGGUCCCUCUCCGAGCUCCUCCGCCUCCCUCUCAUCCGCCACCUCAACCUCCGCCUCUUCUCCUUCCUCUCCGAUCAAAACGACCAAGUCUCCAACCAGGUCGGCCUCUGCAAGCUCCACAUCAUCCUCUCCUUAGGCUUCUUCCAGCCAGCAUUUCUCGUCACGCUCCUCUUCCUCUUCAACGCCUCCAUUGUCACCACCGCCAAGAACCACUUCGGCACUGUCCUCUCCGUUUUCCUCACCUGCCUUCCCGUCUCAGCGGUUCAUGGCAUUCUCAUGUUCUCCACCUCCUGGCAGCGUGCCCUACCGCCGACCUUCCGGCAGGCUCACGUGGUGGUUACCGACGCUUUCGGCGAGGACACCGUUCUCUGCACUUAUCCGUUGCUGAGCAGUGCCGUAUUCGCGGUGUUCGCGAUUGCAUAUUCGGCGUGCUUCUUGUUAUCUUGCUGGAACGUUUUGUCACUGGUGAUCAACAAGGGGCUCAGGUUGAGGAUCUACGGUCUGUCCACCGCGCUGCUCUUCGCGCUUCCUAUUCAGGUAGUGGCGCUAGGGUUCACCGCCGUGUGGACGCCGGAGUCACAGCUCUACGGCGUCUUUUCUCUCGUUGUGUUCCUUGGCGCCUUUGUUUGCGCGGUUACAGGGGAGGGCUUUAUGGUAAUUAAGCCGAUUUCGGACGCACUGGACGCCGGCGCCAGCUUCUACAGCCGGUCGGGUCCCCGUGAUGGUGACGCCGGAGAGAAGGAGAUGAAGGUCGCCGGAGGGGAAGACUUGGUCUAGAGGAGAGGGAUCGAGGGAGGGAAGGGUACUUUGGUCAUUUCGUUACUGUUUUUUGGAGGAAGGGUUUUUCUGUCAUCUUAGAUAUUGCAGGAUUUUGGUGGUGUUGCUGUUUCGUGUUCUUCUCGUGCACGUGCAGCACACGUGGUUCUCUGCUUCCCUAACCUCUAACUAUGUACUCUGCUGUAUCUUUUUUCUCAAAACUUUUUUUUUUUCCAAUUAGUAAUUAGUAUUGAUUGAUAUAUGUAUCUUGAUUUAAUU